CAAGCAAAUAAAUCUAGAGUAAUGGGUGGUAUACAGCACCUACAUAUGACAAAUAUCGCGUCAAAUGUCGCAAGAGACGCGCACGUUGCUGAAAACCGACGUAAUUUGCUUAACGGUUCAAAGCUGCUGUUGUCUGAGGAAAUGGUAGAAAGAGUAGAUGUGAGACAGCGAUUGAUGGCGGAUAAACAUGGCGUUGACACAGAAGAAAUGCCAGCUUUUGAAAUAUCAAUAAACAAUAGUUUGAGUAAUAGGGAAAUGCAAGGAACACAGGCGCACAAAUCCCAUGCCUCCCCAAGGCGAAACAGUGAAAAUGUGUCAGAGGAAGAGAACGCGGAGCCAGAAAUGUUAAAUCUUAUAAAAGUCCAGCGAAGCGCGUCAACGUCAGCAACAGAGAAAUCGGCACAGAUCGAAGUGGCGCAAGCACCGACAACUGCAGCAACUAAGCCAGAUAAUUGCGAACAGCCAGCGCAUAAUGGCAAUGAACCGCCAUUUGAUGAGUUAAAAGCAGACAGAGCACACGAAAGCGCACAGCAGCCUGUAAGCGCGGAAGGGAUUGACAACGAGUAUUUAGCACGCCUGAAUGGUGCUCACGCUAUGGCUGAGCAACAACAGAGCAAAUCAAUUUUGCCCUUGCCACACACCGACUAUGCUGGGCGCGCUGAGGGUGAGACCGUUGCGGAGUGGCAGCAGCAGCACAAUCUCUUAACGGCUUACAUACGUCGGCCCGACCAGCGAACGGGUGAAGCGCUGAAGCUGAAUGACACGCUAUUGGCAGCGGAUGGAAAAGCGAUUGUGGAGGCGGAAAGUGAGUGGAAUGCAGGCGAAAAAUCGACAAUACAGGGACCGUUUAAAAGCAGCACACCAGCCACAAUGACAACGGAAACAAUGAGCCCGCGCCCAGCGCAUUUAGCGGAAAACACAAUGCGAAACAACUCGAACGCCAACGAGUGGCGCGAAAGGGUAACAGCAGAGGGAGAUUUCGAAGCCAGUCAAAAUGAAAAGGCCAACGCUCACGCCGCGCAAAUAGAAAGGGCUGAGCUGCCAGAAGGACGCGAUUAUAAAGCCGUUAACUUGACGGCGGUGGCUGGGCACGAGUAUGGCUUUACGCCAACAACAUUUUCCAAUCAAACAGGAGAUAAUUUCGGCGGAGGUUUUCACGCUCUGAAUAGCGACGCUACAUCGGCUGCCAGCAACAUCACAACGCACACACCCACACAAAAAACAUCUGUUGAUGUCAAUGGAGAGGAAGGACACUACGCCACAACUACUAAGCAAAUAUUGGAAAGGACUACAACAGCAGGGACGACACCUGAAGAUAUGGAAUGGCAUGCGGCAGAGCUCACAACCAAAAGUAAUCACAAAUACACCGGCACUACCUUCAACUCCGCCGAAAUAGGUGCCGGUCAUGUUGGCGCAACCGCCUCAAUUCCAACUGCUACUAUGCGGGCCGUCAUGCCGCCGCUAAUAUCCGUGAAUGCAGCACCAACAAACGACGUCAUAGCAAUGACAACACCAACUGCAGUGGUGUCCGAUGCAAUGUACACCAAAGUGCCAGUGCAAUCUGUGUUACAAGCGGCGAUAGCGGCAAAUGUGACGAUAAAUGACAUGCCGACCACGACGACGGACACUUCAAUCUUCGUGUUGCCCAAUUUCGCAGCCCUAACCACGGUAACGAGUACUGCAACGGAGUAUGCACUGUUUUCCACAAUACCGGCGUUGCUUACACCAACAAUCGGUGCUACUGCCACACCAGGCGGCGCUGCUUGGCCCGUCAAACACGCUUCGGUGAUGGAGGGCGACGUCAUACUCGGCGGCUUGAUGAUGGUCCACUCACGCGAGGAUAGCAUCACUUGUGGUCCUAUCAUGCCGCAAGGUGGCAUACAAGCACUCGAGGCCAUGCUCUACACACUCGACCAGGUGAAUAAGCAGCAAUUGUUGCCGAAUGUAACGUUAGGCGCACACAUACUGGACGAUUGCGAUAAGGACACGUAUGGGCUGGAGAUGGCGGUUGAUUUCAUUAAAGGUUCCAUUAGCAAUAUUGACGAUGCCGAGUACCACUGCAACAAGACGCAGGUGCGGAAGGUAAUUUCCGGCGUAGUUGGCGCUGCCUCUUCCGUAACAUCCAUACAAGUGGCGAACUUGCUGCGGCUCUUUCGUAUACCACAGGUUUCGUUCUUCUCCACCAGCCCGGAACUGAGCAACAAGCAGCGCUUCGAAUAUUUCUCGCGCACGAUACCCUCCGAUCACUACCAGGUCAAGGCAAUGGUGGAGAUUGUCAAGCGCAUGGGCUGGAGUUACGUCUCAAUCAUAUACGAAGAGAGCAAUUACGGCAUAAAAGCCUUUGAGGAGCUGGAAGAGCUGCUGGCGCGUCACAACAUCUGCAUCGCUGUCAAGGAGAAGCUCGUCAAGGACUCCGGCGUCGCCGAGGAGAUCGCCUACGAUAAUAUUGUGCAAAAGUUGCUCACAAAGCCACGUGCUAGAGGUGCCAUUAUAUUCGGCUCGGAUCAGGAAGUGCGUGAGGUGAUGCGCGCCGUGCGACGCAACAAUGCGACUGGUGCCUUCUCGUGGAUCGGCUCGGACGGCUGGAGUGCGCGCAACCUGGUAUCCGACGGCAAUGAGCCGGAGGUUGAGGGCACCUUGUCCGUGCAGCCACAAGCGAAUCCUGUAAAAGGUUUCGAAGAAUACUUUCUAAACUUAACGGUGGAAAACAAUCAACGAAAUCCAUGGUUUGUAGAAUUCUGGGAGGAUCACUUCCAAUGCCGCUAUCCCGGCAGUCUGAGUACACCAUACAACAAUUACAACAGCACGUGCACUACCCACGAGCGUCUCUCCAAGGACACAGACUUCGAGGAUCAGCUGCAGUUCGUGAGCGAUGCGGUGAUGGCAUUUGCAUACGCGUUACGCGACAUGCAUCGCGACCUCUGCGGCGGCCGACCCUCGCUUUGCGAUGCCAUGAGACCCACCAAAGGCGCCGACUUACUCAAAUACUUGCGGAAAGUGCAGUUUCAGGGCCUCAGCGGUGAUCAUUUUCGCUUCGAUGCCAAUGGCGAUGGUCCAGCGCGUUACAACAUCAUCCAUUUCAAGCAGUCAGCGGAGGGCCUCUACCACUGGGUCAAAGUGGGUGAAUACUACGAGGGUGAGCUGCGCUUGAACAUGACAGAAGUCCAAUUUAAGCUGUUGCAUCCGAAGCCACCUGAGUCCGUCUGCAGCUUGCCCUGCGAACGCGGACAGGCCAAGAAGUAUGUGGAGGGCGAAAGCUGCUGCUGGCAUUGCUUCAAUUGUUCAACCUAUCAAAUACGCCAUCCCAUCGAUGAGACACAGUGCCUAACUUGCCAAUUGGGCACUUUGCCCGAUGCCAGCAAGCAGCUCUGCCAGACAAUACCGGAAGUAUACUUGCGACCCGAAUCAGCUUGGGCGAUUGGCGCGAUGGCCUUCAGUGCCACCGGCAUUUUGGUCACGCUCUUUGUUGUUGGCGUGUUUGUGCGCCACAACGACACGCCCAUUGUGCGCGCCUCUGGCCGCGAGCUCAGCUAUAUACUACUCGCUGGCAUAUUAAUGUGUUAUGCCGUUACAUUUGCUUUGGUGUUGAAGCCCACGAACAUAGUGUGCGCCAUACAACGCUUCAGCGUCGGCUUCUGCUUCACCGUUGUCUACGCCGCGCUGCUCACGAAAACCAACCGCAUAGCGCGCAUCUUCAAAGCGGGCAAACAAUCAGCGAAACGACCAUCGUUCAUAAGUCCCAAGUCACAAUUAGUUAUCUGCUCGUUCCUAAUUUUCAUACAAAUUCUCAUUAAUGGCGUUUGGAUGGUGAUUGCACCGUCGCACGCCAUGUACCAUCAUCCGACACGCGAGGAUAACCUGCUCGUCUGCGAUUCGUACAUCGACGCUUCCUACAUGAUCGCAUUCUUCUAUCCCAUCGUUCUGAUUGUAGUCUGCACGGUGUACGCGGUGCUAACGCGCAAAAUACCAGAGGCAUUUAACGAGUCCAAACAUAUCGGAUUCACCAUGUACACCACUUGCGUCAUCUGGCUGGCUUUUGUGCCGCUUUACUUCGGCACCGCCAAUCAUGUGCCGCUGAGGAUAACGUCGAUGUCGGUGACGAUAAGCUUGUCGGCGAGCGUUACGGUGGCGUGUUUAUUCUCGCCAAAGCUGUACAUAAUACUUAUAAGGCCCGAACGCAAUGUGCGGCAGAGCAUGAUGCCGCCGCGCUAUGGAAACAUGCACCGCGCGGGCACCGGACCGUCGUCCAUGAUGGCGGCCGCCGUGGUGACAGCCGCUACCUGUGCGCAAGAGGAGAAAAUACAAAAGCAUAUCACACCAACAAAUACAGAGCACAGCACCAAGGCGAAGAAGCUCUGUGAGAUGGCAACACAGACCAUCACAAUAACGAAUAUCUUCACCAAUUUGGACAGCAUCGCCUACAGUCAGAUUCCCUAUGCGGAUCAGUAUGUGCCAAACAACAAUCAUCAGCAACAGCAUGAGCAACAAAGCCAGCAAUCAUUACACCACCACCCACUAACCGCCAACAGCGAAGCUGAAGUAGUGGCGAAUAAUAAUAAAAUCAAUCAAUUGCAGCAUGGCAACCCCAACGCGCUGGCGCACGCCACAAACACCGCCACUGCUGCUGCAACUACAGCCAGCACAGCGGCCAGCUCGACCACAGCAGGUGCGGCAACUAGUACAGCCGUAUCGCCACCAACUUUGCAUGCGCUAAGCAACCAUGUAAUGUUGCAGCAACAUGUUGCGCUGCACAACUGCAGCGAUAGCGCGACUAUGUGCAGUGAUGGCGGUCGACCACAACUGGAGACCACGAAUUUAUAGCCCAAAGCGCCGCUAACCAAUGCUGUCAGCGCUGGCGCUGCAUUAGCAACCGCACAAGCCAUCGAACAGUGUGAUGUCGCGGACACAUUGAAAGCACAUGGCAUGAAUUAUGUGCUGCGACAAGAAAGCGGCUGUGAAAGCUGUGACGCACAGCCAGCACAAGCCAAGGUGGGUGAGUGUAAUAAGCACAACAACAACAAUGCCGGUAAUCAGGCUGUCACACAACACACGCUCACCAAUAACAAUGGCAGCGGCAACGGAGAGGGUGCUACAGAACGCACGACUGCCACCAGCAACAACACCGGCAGCAAUUGGACCAGCAGCAGCAGCAGCAGCAACAGCAGCAGCAAUGGCGGCAACGGCAGCACGCAGACCGGCAGCAAAAAGCGCUGCGCCAUACCGGUGUGAGAGUGCGCGCACUGGCCCUAGGCGUGCAAUACAGGCAGCGCAAUAAAUUGCUGAAUUGCUGCCAUUAGAGUUUUGCUAAAUCUAUUUGUAACUGUAAGUAAGUACCAAAAAAUAGUUUAAGUCCAAUUUAUUUCCUUUCAAAGAGUUCAUAACCGACUGCUUAUGAUUUAAGUUUAAGGGUUUAUGUGGGUAGCGGCGGUUAUGCCUUUGCAAGUCAGGCACAGAGGGUUUAUACUUUAGCAGUUCCAAUGAAAUUACAAUGAAUUUAGCUAGAUAAGUUGUGCUCUUAGUAUAUUAAGUUAGUUAAAAUUGUAAAUAAGCAAGUUAGUAUACUACUAUAGAGUAAUUAUAAGAGUAUGGCAGUGUUUUAUAUUUGCAGUUUUGGUACAAAACUAUUUGGUUACAGAGUUAUAAGAAAUAAUUAGACUGAGUUCCAGUUUAUAAGAAAUAAAAUCGGUAUUUAUUAUUAAACUUCCAAAAUUAAAAUAACAAAUAAUUUAUUUAUUUUUUUAAUUAAGCUGUUGAGAAUUGAUUCAACUAACAGCUGUUCGUACGAAAUGUGCGCAACAAGCGAGGCGCCUAAAACUAUGCUUGUUGGCGUGUCGCUGUGGCCUCAGCAGCUUAUUUUGACUUACUCUACUACUAUCUACUGCUCAUCAAUAAUCAAACUCUUUUGCGUUUAUUAGAUUUUUUCUUAACGAUUUCCCAACUCAACUCUGAGCUUUUCUGCUGUUCUCAAUAUUUUUUCUUUUUCUUUUUUAGAAAAUUUAGUAAGCAUACUAAUCAUAGUUAAGAUGACGCUAACAUGUGAUAUUAUUUAGAACCAAAUAUUAAGUAUUGAGGCCAAAUGUAACAAUGUAUGUAUAUAUGUUAUGAGACAUAGUUUAAGCUUUUAUUAUUAAGUUAGUUAAGUCUAUGGCGCAAACCAAAUGUCUAGUUAAUGUUAUUUUUAAAAUGAAAAAACUCGAUUUUGUUACAAAAGGGAUAGCAACUAGCAUAAGUCCACAAAAGAUAAUAGAUUUCAUAAAUCGUGUACACUACAAUAACAAUACUAUCCCUUCUGCAACCUAAUCAAACGCUCUAUUGCUUGGCCAAGUGCUUAUGUGACACCUGUACGCAGUAGAGGCAACUAAAUUUAUUACGUUGUUUGAGCCCAGCAACAUAAUGAAUUUAUUUGCAAAUAAACUUAACGUUAAUGGAAGACAAUAUAUUUUAGUUUUUCUCAGCCGCAAAGCAGAGCUUUCACCGGCGAAAGCUCGUUGUAACGCCGAGAGCUAAAGCAUGCUUACAUUCGUUAUAGAAAAGUUUAGUAUUUCUCAGUUGCAUAGCAGCGCCCAUGUAUAACAGCAGAGCUUUCACAUAUGAAAGCCCGUUGUAACGCAUGUAGCUGAA